CCGCAGGUCAGACGUCUCCUGUGAAAUCACUGAAACCGUGCACGGCUCCGAUGUCCCAGCCCACUCCUCAACCGACGUCCCAUCCUGCUCCACAGCCACUGCCCCACCCGUCCUCUCAGCCCACACCCCAGCCCCAGUGGCAGGAGAUGAUCACCGGCACGGAGACCCCCAGUCAGCCGGAGAUGCCCCCCAACCCGCUCUCCUUCCCCAGCAGCACCCUGCUCUCGUCUUCACCCAAACCGGACGCGUCGGAGCUCUACCUCAAGUCCAGGGCCUUGUUGGACAACAAGCCUCUCAACACCAAGGACCUGGAUGUGUUCAUCAAAAGGAACCAGGAGUCGGGCUUUGGCUUCAGAGUGCUUGGAGGCGAGGGGCCGGAUCAGCCGGUGUACAUCGGCGCCAUUGUGCCGCUCGGUGCAGCGGAGAAAGACGGGCGCCUGCGGGCCGGGGACGAGCUGCUCUGCAUAGAUGGCGUGCCGGUAAAGGGCAAGUCCCACAAGCAAGUGCUGGAGCUGAUGACCAACGCUGCCCGCAACGGUCAAGUCAUGCUCACGGUCCGCAGGAAACUGGUCCAGUCAGAUGGAGGUAGCGAGGAGGAGGGCGGUCAGCAGCCCCACCACGUUGCAUCCGCCUUGGUCAACAACUCUCCCAAGAUGCCCGGCGGCGAGGUGCCAGGCGCCGUCCAGCAGGCGCCGUCCUCCCGGCCCGAGUGCUUUGACGUUACCCUGCAGCGCAAAGACAACGAGGGCUUCGGCUUCGUCAUCCUCACCUCAAAGAACAAGCCCCCGCCUGGAGUUAUACCUCACAAGAUCGGCCGCAUCAUCGAGGGCAGCCCCACAGACCGCAUAGGUCAGAUGAAGGUGGGAGACCGCAUCUCCGCCGUCAAUGGCCGCUCCAUCAUGGAGCUGUCGCACAACGACAUCGUCCAGCUCAUCAAGGACGCAGGGAACUCUGUCACGCUCACUGUUGUGCCUGAAGAUGACAGCGCUCCUCCAUCUGGAACAAAUUCCGCCCGGCAGAGCCCUUCGGCACAACACAGAGCUGUGGGCCAACAGCCUCCCAGCUAUCCAGAAAGGAACGGCGACAGUGAGAUGAAGAACUCUUUCUCACAGAGAGAGAUGGGUGCACUCAUCACAUCAGGCCCUAAGCAGGGCUGUUUCGUGGUGGAGCUGGAGCGCAGCCAGCGGGGCUUCGGCUUCAGUCUGCGAGGAGGGAAAGAGUACAACAUGGGACUGUUCAUCCUGCGACUGGCUGAGGAAGGACCUGCUCUGAAAGACGGCAGGAUACACGUCGGGGAUCAGAUAGUGGAGAUCAACGGGGAGGCCACCCAGGGCAUCACACACACUCGGGCGAUCGAGCUGAUCCAGGCGGGCGGCAGCAAAGUCCAUCUGCUGCUCCGACCCGGCCAGGGCCUGGUCCCGGAUCACAGUGCAAAGGACAAAGUAACCAUUCCAACCUCAAGCUUUCCCAGAUUCUCUGUAUCUGAUGGACAUUCAUCUCCUGCCUCUCCGUCCUCUGUCUUCUUCUCUACCUCGGAACUGUCCCCAUCUUCCCCCAAAAUAUCCGUCACUGAGGAGUUCUCUGGGGUGGACUUCAGGGCGUCUGGGUCCCCUGGCACCGGUCAGGAGUCCGGCAGGCAGGCUAACAGAUCGAGAGGACAGCAGCCUCCUCACCACGACCAUAAACGCACCAUCAGCCCCGGCGCCAGAAAGACAAGCAGGGCCGACUCCAAGUCUGCGAGUCCCAAAAGAGCCGCUGACGGCUGGAGAGAUCACGUGGAGCGCUCCCAGAGCCCGAGAAAAACAGAGCGAGGCCACAGCGGAUCCUUGGAAGACAUGAGCAAGGAGAGAAAAUCCCCAGGGCAGAGAGACCACUACUCCUCUAGCACCAGGAAGGGCUCCAAGAGGGAACAUGACCCUGCUGUGCCUGUGAAGAACCUGGAGGAGCCCCAGAGCCCCCGGCGUCCAGCUGGCCAGCAGCCCAGUGUUCCAUCCGCAGAGGGGAAGGACCGGAGGUACAAGGAGGAGGAUGCACCUUACCGGCAGGAGAGGGGGACCACGGAGAGCGGAGACAACAGCUGGGCGACCGUCGAACGCCACAAGAAAGGCAAAAGAGCCGAGCAAGACGCAGCGGCACAAAAGUCUUACUCCCAAAUGCACAGGGAGAGGGCGGGGUCAGAUGCCGACAGUGGCACCCUGAACCGAAGGAGCGGGAGAGAGAAGGGGGACACACAACACCGGGAGAGCAAGCACCACGGGACGACCGAUGAAGCGACCAGAAAGGACCCCAGAGGUUCGAGCAGUAGCAUCCAGGACCCCAGCUGCAACGGGACCACCGCGAGCAAGAAGGCUCCCAUCACCCCGGGUCCGUGGAAAGUUCCCAGUUCGGCCAAGAUCCAGUCCCGAGUGGACGUAACAUAUGCAGAUGUCUGAUAUCUUUCCAGGACUCUCUGCAUCUAUGAAGAUAUAGCUGAGCCUCUGAACAUCCGGGAAUGAAGGAUUUUUUCUUUGGACGAAGCAGAUCACUGUGUAACCAGCAACAUAGCUUCUCGUUGCUCGGCUGUUGUUGUUUUCAGUUUUUUCUUUCACCCAGUUUGCCUCGGUUGGUUUGCAUCGAAGCUGCUUACGUCUGAUCCGACGCACGUGCUCGCACCCACCUGAGUAUUCGCAUCAGAUGGCGUCAGAGCGCGACGUUUGGAUGAGACACCAAAGUUUAUUUUGUGCCAAUCACAGACUCGGGUUUGAAGAUCGGACGAGCGGCUCCUCCCGUCUGCUCACGUUCAUGAAGGAUUCUGGGUUUUUGGUUUUGUUUGUUUUGUUUUUCGUCACUUUUAAAGGUUUAAGGCACAUUCCUACAACCACUCAGCUUCUCUUCCUGGCAGGACUGAGUCACUGUGGCUGUCACUGAUGGAUGUAGUGAAAAAAUGAGGCUGGUGAGUUUCUCUUAAAAAUUGGCUGCAAAGGGUGACGGAGUGUCUUCUGAGUCAUUUACGGCCUGAGAGAGAGAGAGUGUGUGUGUGUGUGUGUGUGUGGGUGUGUGUGUGUGUGUGUGUGUGUGUGUGUGUGUGUGUGUGUGUGUGUGAGAGUAUGAGUGUGAGUGACUGCAUUCAUACACUCUGAAACACUCUGAUCCCAUUAGCUUACAGGAGGGUGGACAGAUUGCCCCGGAGCUUUAUAUGCAUUAAUCAGCAGACCAGAUACUUGUGGUUCUAGUUCUAAUGUUUGUCACAUGUGUGUUGAUAAUUAAAAAAAAAAGCAUAAUGUAAUUUAUUGAAGUUAUAUAUGUAAACACAAACUGUCAGUGCACAUAUCCCACGCCGUCAUUUCACUUUCGAUGUGGAUUCAAAGUACAGAAAUAGAAUGUGUAAAUAGGCGUCAGCAUCCGAAAUAACAGCAUUACCAUCUAUGCAUUCUAUUUCUAGGAUUGCACGGUCACACGAGUCAUAUUGUCGUCUACUGUUUGCAGCUCUGUAUUUUAGGUCUGUGUGUGUACGUAUACAAACUGACUGGUAGGCCUGUGUGUUGUCGAUAUUCGCCGUAGCAUCGACUAUACUUAAUCAGAAACAUAUAUUAUUAUUAUUUAACAAAAGCGAUGACACGUAUAUUGACACUUCAUUUAGACGAGUUGAACUGUCGCUGAAAACUUUGAGAGAUAUUGGUAUUUUUAUUGUAGGCACAAAAGACGUGUUGUUUCCUCCUCACUCUAACCUCCAAAUCUAUUUUUGAUCUAUUUUUUUAUUUAGUACGUGACCAUCAAUGUGAGAAGGAAGAAGAAGAAAAAAAUGGCGUGUAUAUUUUUGUUUUGUUUGCUUAGCUGUUAAUUAUUAACAACACCGUGGCUAUCACUUUAGUGUUAUAAAUAAAACCAGGCUCCCAAAAGAAUGCAGUUAAUUUACCACACGUGGAGGGGGGGCGGGGGUUUGUGUGCAAAACCGGCUCGGCUGCCUUUUUUUUUUUUCCGGGAGUUCCAUUUGAAGUUUAUCAAAUUUAAUUAAACGGGGACAUAAAAAAAAGAAUCUAUUUUUUAUUUAUUAGAAGCAGCUGUGCCCUGAUCUGAGCAGAACAUGUAGUGUUGUUAAUAACGGCGGAGUGCAGAGACAUCUAGUGGUUCGAACUUGCGGCGUCAUCAGCGUGCCUGUUUUGAAAGAUGCACAGCAGCAUUUACUCUGAGGCCGUUUACUAAUUUAUUGCGGAAUGAUGGGCUGCCGAUGUACGAUUCUCCGGUUCAUCUCCAUGUAGGAUACCGUGGCCUUGCAUUGCUCCAACGUAGAAAAACAUAAGACGUCUCUUGAUUUUAACAUCAUGGUUAGAUGUAAAUGUUUAUAAAUUGUACAGCACCUGUAUAAAUACUUGCCUUCAUGCAGAAAAAAAAAACAAAACCUCUGUAAAUCGUUUCAUUAUUUUUCUAAGGGAACCGAGAGGAAAGGAUAUAAAAUGGGUGAAAAUAAAUAAUCUGGUCAUGGCAUUCUGUUCAUGCACUGAUAAAUAAAGGUUUACUGAAUAAACACUUCUGCUGUGGUACA